UUUCAAAAGGUCAGCAAAUAUCAUCUGUUGACUGAAAGGAUCGAUAAAACGAAGAUAAUAAAAAAUACAUAACCCGCUUCUACAAAUGUUUCCCACCGGCACUACUAUUUUUCGUCUUACAACUGCUUCGUCAAGGCGAGCGAUCGGUCGAGCGUUACACACUUCGUACAUAGCCAUGGCACCCAUAAAGGUUGGUGAAUCUCUGCCGGUGACGGAUUUGUUUGAAGAUUCUCCGGCAAACAAAGUGAAUGUAUGUGAUUUGACGGCGGGGAAAACAGUAGUACUGUUUGCUGUUCCUGGCGCUUUUACCCCAGGUUGUUCGAAAACCCACUUGCCGGGCUAUGUACAGAAUGCGGACAAGAUCAAGUCGGAAGGCGUAGAUGAGAUCGUGUGCGUGUCUGUCAACGAUCCUUAUGUUAUGGCCGCCUGGGGGCUCCAACACAACACUAAGGGAAAGGUCCGGAUGCUUGCCGACCCCUCCGGUACAUUCAUCAAGUCGUUGGACCUUGGCAUCAACCUGCCGCCUCUUGGCGGGUACCGCGCCAAGCGCUUCUCCAUGGUCAUCAAGGAUAGCAAAGUCGACCAACUGAACGUGGAACCCGAUGGCACUGGCCUAUCCUGCUCCCUGGCUGACAGACUCAAAGUCAAGUCAUAAACUAUGAAUGACUAGAUUAUAAAGUAGAGGUCCAUUCCCAAAUUUUAAAAUUAGUGCCCUCUCCAUCGCACUCCUAUACGAAUUUACGAGUACCUUUAACAUAAAACGACUAAAAUCUAUGUACCUAAGUCGUGUCUUGUAAUUCUUGCAUUUAAAUUUGUUUACACGGAAUGCAUGGAUAUUUCUUGUAUUUUGAACAGAGCUGGUUUAGCUGCCUGUAAGUUGUUAAAAAUGGCCUUUACUCCCACAUUU